CGUUCACCGAGUGACAGGAAAUGAAUCUUUCACUAAAACGAUGGAGGAGAGGAUGCAUUAAAAAUAGAACUGGUCCUGAGCGAUCCGAUAGCACACCGUGCAGAGCAGAAUCACGGUGAUGACAACGACACAUUAAUCCAUAAGGCUUGAAUCUACCGGGAGAUGGAGCAAGAUGUAGAAAGUCCGGCCUUCGGGAGGCAGCCCAUGUGGACCAAACCAGCCCGUGAAGACCUCCCUAAACAACUGGUGGACAAAUCCGCUGCUAAGAAGAUCCAGAGGUAUGUGCGGAAGGACGGGAAGUGCAAUGUCCAUCAUGGAAAUAUCCGUGAGACAUACCGCUACCUGACAGACAUCUUCACCACUCUGGUGGACCUCAAGUGGGGGUUGAACCUCUUCAUCUUCGUCCUGGUCUACACAGUCACCUGGCUCUUCUUCGGGUUCAUGUGGUGGCUCAUCGCGUACCUCCGUGGGGAUUUGGAUCAUAUCUCAGAUGACCAGUGGACUCCAUGUGUCAAUAACCUCAAUGGGUUUGUCUCAGCGUUCCUGUUCUCCAUCGAGACGGAGACCACAAUCGGGUACGGAUACAGGGUCAUCACCGAUAAGUGCCCGGAGGGGAUCCUGCUGCUCCUCAUCCAGUCUGUGCUCGGCUCCAUCGUGAACGCCUUCAUGGUGGGCUGCAUGUUCGUCAAGAUAUCGCAGCCCAAGAAGCGUGCGGAGACCCUCGUGUUCUCCACCAAUGCUGUUAUCUCCAUGAGAGACGGUCGGCUGUGUCUCAUGUUCAGGGUCGGGGACCUCCGCAACUCACACAUCGUGGAGGCGUCCAUCAGGGCCAAGCUCAUCAAGUCCAAGCAGACCAAAGAGGGGGAGUUCAUCCCCCUGAACCAGACAGACCUCAACGUGGGCUACAACACAGGGGACGACAGGCUCUUCCUGGUGUCGCCACUGAUCAUAAGUCAUGAAAUCAAUCGGCAAAGCCCCUUCUGGGACAUCUCCCAGGCCAGCCUGGUGAGAGACGAGCUGGAGUUGGUCGUCAUUCUGGAGGGGAUGGUGGAGGCCACAGGUAUGACAUGCCAGGCACGAAGCUCAUAUGUAAGCAGCGAGAUCAAGUGGGGAUACCGCUUCACACCGGUUCUCACCCUGGAAGAUGGCUUCUAUGAAGUGGAUUACAACAGCUUCCACAACAUCUACGAGACCACCACCCCCAGCUGCAGCGCCAGAGAGCUGUCAGACAUGAGUGGCAGGAUGCGUCUCCCUCUCACCUGGUCACUGGCCAGCAAGCUGAGCCAGCAGGGCCUCCCUGACACCCAUCUGGAGUCAAAUGUGAAGAAACUGGCGGACCUGGACAGUAAGGAGGACACGAAGCAGCCGGAGCGCAACGGGGAGAUCGGAAGCAUAGAGAGUGAAUCAAAGGUCUGAGGAGCAGGCUGGGCCUGUAUGUGUGCAUGGAUGUGAUGGCUGAGCAAGGGUGGAUUCAAAGGUAUGAUUGAGAGUUCUGAUUGGUACUGAGGUCCUCCAGGUGCAAUGCGUUAACCAGGAAGCCCUGUGCUACCAGUAACACCCCAGGGUGACUGCAGUCUCAUCUUAUGUUGCAUGUCCAAACGAUGUAAACCUCUCCAUACAAAGUAAACCUGUUCACACGAUGUAAACCUGUUCGAUGACGAUAUUUUCUAUUCUAAAGUUCUAGGGAAUUAGCAUUUGUAUUUUUGUACGUACAAUUUUUGUUUCAACUGUAAAUAGUAGAGACAUUUGAUAUAAAUCAUAUAGAUUAAUAAAUAUUCUAAACGUUUUGUUGAUUUGAAGUGAAAUAAAGUAAACAUAGUGAGCAUGUGUCGUAACAGCAGCACAGUUCUGUGAAUAUAACGGUGAUAUGGUGAUUAGCAAAUGUGUUUUAUAUUAGUACAACUCUAAUGUAACUUACUAAAUGUUUUGAACAAUUCAGAAUCGAUUUUAAUCUGAUCUCAUCUUUGUGAGAAGUCUAACCAUUACAAUGCACCACAAUGGCAAUUGUUUGACACUUAAAAGCAUUAUAUAAUUUAUAAAACUGAAUGCCUUAAAUAAAUCUCCCAGUUUAACUAUUCUACGUGGAGAAAGAACAGACAGUGAAGAGUCAAAAGUACACAGAGAAUACAUCAUUGGAUCGUUUCUACCCACAGCUACAGCCCUGAGAGAGAGGUGAGAUGCUUUACCAUCAGGGCAGCUGUCGUUGAUUCCAUCUAACAACUGCAGCCAGGAAGUAAUGUUAGAAAGCCAGAUCAAACCGCCCAAGAAGAUUUGCAGUUAGGGAACAGCUAGCCUGAAAGAAGGCAAUGAAUAUUAUCACUAAUCUAGUAACUUGUAAUGCAAGCACUCUGCAAGCACACUAACUGAAAUGGACUCUCUCCGAAGCGCCCAUGCACGCAUAUUCAAAGAGGCCAAUUUUAACGAGUUUAGGGGACAACAAAUCCAACUGGUGCUCGGUCUGGAUGUGAAGAUCUGUCUUAAUGGUAACUAAUUUCACCUUAAAACAUGUAUUAUAGUGAUGUGUUGUCACAUUUAUUACGAAACAAGCCAUUCCCUCGGCAGUAUUGAAGCUGUAGAGACAGGCAGAUUUUUAACCUGGAGGUUAAAUUGAUGCGGAGUAAAACAACUUCUCUUUGCUGAAUCAGAUCCAGUGCAUUGGCACAGUCAACUUUAAACAGAUAUUCUCAUUGUGCAUUUAUCUCACUAAUAGCUGACGGAUGGCUAUGCACCUUAAAUGCAUGAUAUACCAGAUUACCAGUAUCUAAGGGGAUGACAGACGAUCAUCUAAGAUAAAUAAUCAUUGGUAAAGGCUAAGAAGAGGGUAUGAGAGUUAAGUGUAAAAGGAGAGAGCAUAAAGACAAGCUGCGGUACUUAUUUGGCCUUUUUGGUUACACAAGGAGCUUGUAUCAGUUUACAGGCCUUUUCAAAGAUAGAGAGCAUGUGCCUAAGUGUGCAUGUGUGUGUGUGUGUGUGUGUCUCAUUUUGAGCUAGGAAGAAAAUAAUGUUUCAUACCAAUCCCUGUCAAAUGUUCAUUCGGGAUCCUACGUAUGUAUACAUUAAUGAUUUUGAUGACAAUUAUAAUACAAAAAGUGUAUAUGUGGUGGUUGCUGGCACGCAAGAAGCAAAUGGUGAUCAUUUG